UAUUCGUUGAUCUCCACUUCUGUACGAGACCUAUUCAAGCCCGUUCAAUAUUAACCGAAAUCAUGAUAGUUGGUUUUUGUUCAGAAAACAGGAAUUUUUUUAGCUUUAACUUAUUUCGGAAUUUCCCUCCGUUAUGCGCUCGCAGCAUCAGCUUCAUCGUUUAUAAAAGUCCAUACACAUUUUGUAUGCUGUUUAGUUAUAAUUUUGGUGGUUCGUGAAGUAGUUUUGUGUGUGACUCAAUUAAUCAUGAGAAAUUUCAGAAUUUCCAGCUUUGCCGCAUUGUUGUUCCUUGGCUUAUUCGCUACACCCACAAGAGCACAUUUCAAGAAGUUUAAAGGCUUUGGCGGCGGUUUCGGUGGUGGCUUCGGCGGUGGUUAUAGUGGUGCUUAUGCCACCAGUAGCGUUGUGAAUAACUAUCAAGUGGCGCCUGUUCCAGUGGCUGUGCCAGUUUCAAUACCCCAACCCGUUCCUGUACCAGUUUCGAUACCCCAACCUGUUCCUGUACCUAUUACGAAAGUAGUGCCAGUCCCAGUGCCAGUAGCCCAGCCCGUUUGGCCCAGCAGUGGUUGGGAGGGUGGCUACGGUGGUUAUGGCGGUGGUUAUGGUGGUGGUGGCAGCUUUGCCAGCGCAUCCGCAUCUGCAUCGGCAUCCAGCUUCGGUGGCGGCUAUGGCGGUGGCUUGGGAGGUCUUGGUGGUUUCGGAGGACCCGGUUUUGGUGGCUUCGGCAAACAUGGUUUCGGUGGCUUUGGCGCAUGGAAGCGUCGUUAAUUUUUACUAACUAAAAUUUCGUUAUAGUGUUUUACUUAUAAUAAUUAUUUUGUAUAUUUAAUUGUUAAAUACAUUUAUUUAAAGAUUUAAAGAUAGUUGUGCUUAUUUC